GCACAAUUUACCGCAUCAGUCGCUGAUCGCGCACAAAACCGCACAGAAGUGCCACAGCAGUGCUACGCGACGACACAGAAGACAGUAAAAAUUUAUUUCACAAGAAAAAUAAUUUUCAAUUUUACUAGAAAUUAUCCGCAAAAAUGGCGCGCAUUAGCUCCAAAUUCGUUUUGGCAAUUGUUGUUGUUGCGCUGAUCGCGCGCACCAAUCAAGAGCGUUUGCGCGUUAGCAGCGCGCCUACGCAAAUGAACGCUGACGCCGUUGAAAAACGUAGUAACAGCAGUGACUCCACUUCAGUCGCACGCCACACUGACAACACUGACGAGCGGACGCAAAGUCUACCAUACUUUCAGGCGUCGUUGCCGAUGCGCGUGUACGAGUGCUUGCGCGUUUUCAGCAUUCUACGUUGCACGAAACUGUUUAUUUUGCAGAAAAUGGAAGAGCGCAAGUCGAUGAGCCGCACUGGCAACUUAACGCGGGACUUUCUCGAUCAAUUCUUCGACGCAGGAGACCGGCAGGACAGUCUGAUAGCUAACAAGUAUGCGAAUAUGACGGAUGAGAAGCUGAAUCAGUGUUUGGUGGUGCGUUUUCAACGCUUCUUCAAGCAUCGCGACAUCAAAUUGCACUUCCUGCCGGGUGUAAUGGUGAAGAUUGUGCCGAGUCGCGACAACAAGCUGAGCUUCACGCUGAAGAAAAGCAAAAAAUCUAAGAAGUGUGGACGCGCCUACAAAAUUGUCGAGGAAAUCGAUGAAACGCUGGGCUUAGAUGUGGCAACGCCAGAAACACUUCCUGUUGAAACACCGCUCACGAAGCAAAGCGAUUUGGGGUUAGGCGGCCCAGUUGGCAUAGGUGGUGGUGGCGGACCUGGCGGUAUACGGCGUAAAAAUAAGAAGGGCUCCUCCUUUGCCACCUACAAGAACACAAUUCUACAAAUGGCUGUGCCGGUGAUGAUCAUGCCAGCCAUUCUGCUGGGUUCGGUGUUGCCUUUCUUGUUGCCGAUGCUGAAAUUGGCUACUAUAAUGACGAUCUUAUUGAAUAACAGCGCUUUUAUUGCGGCGCUCAUUUAUGCUGCGCGCACACACGCCAACGCCCAGGAUGAGCAGCAGAUCAGCUAUCCGCCGCAAGGUUACUUUUAAUGAAAUCUGUAUUAUUAAUGUGUUUUGGAAAUGUUUGGGAUAAUAAAAUUUGAUAUGGUA